AUGGCGUUCCACUUACGAUGCAUUGUGGUCUUUGGAGCAUCGUGUGCUUGCUGUGCUUUCAAUAUUGACGCGGGCUUCACAUGCAGGGCGUCCAGCAAUGAGUACGCAUGUGGUUUCGCGCUUGAUCGGAACAUUACCUCGGCAUGGGCAUCCGAUGGUCCAGCCCCGCAGUGGUUGGAAGCACGAGUAGCAGAUGGGACUUAUGCAACGUUGGGGUCCUACGCCGUGACCGCUGUGCUUGGGCGCCCGGACUUGGCACCGACGUCGUGGCGCCUGGAAGGGAUGGAGCCAGGCUCCACACAGCGUCAAAUUCUCGAUGAGGUGCAUGACAAGACAUGGCAGGAAGGAACAACUCACAUCAGGGAGCUGGGAGGCUUCAGCUCAUGGCGCAGCUUUGUGCUGACCAUGUUGGCCGGCACAGGCGCGCAGGUGGCCAUUGCGGAGCUGCAGCUGAUGCCGAAGUUGGAUUAUGCUUUCGAAAUUUCUCACUGGACGUCAUGUUCUGCUACAUGCGGUGGCGGUUCACAGGAGAGGACAGUGGUCUGCAGAGGAGAAGAUGGAGUUAGCUACAGUGACAACCGCUGCACCACAGGGGAGCCUCCGGCAAGGUCACGGGCCUGCGGAACUUCGAUUUGUGCUUGUCAGGGCGGCUUAGCCUGCAGCGCCCCUUGCAGCUCUUCAAGCGCUGCCACGGCGGACUUGGGUUGCGGAGUGCUCGUCGAUGGUGCGGCGCUCACAGCCUGGACCUCGGCCGGGCCAGCACCGCAGUGGCUGUCCUUCGAUCUCGGCAAGGUGAGAGAGCUGGAAGCCUUCUCGGUGACAGCUGGUGUGUGCACAAUAUGUACGUCUCUGCAGGGCCCUUCUAUGAUCUCACUGGAAGCAAGAAGCAGUGAAGAUGCUGGGUGGCUCCAACUGCGCUCCCCAUUUAGUGUGGGUGCGGUGUGGUCAUCAGGGGAGACACGCAGGUGGAACCUACAUGACGGGAGCAACACCUUCCGCUUCUGGCGGCUUAACUUCUUGGACACCUUCGGAGGCAGUGCAUAUCCUGUUCAUGUGGCUGAGGUUGGCUUGUACCCACCUCCAGCCACCUAUCGACUUGUCACCGGCAGCUGGGGCGCCUGUGACCCGCUGGGUGGUUCUGGCGCUUGUGGCCUGGGAGUCAGCAGGCGCACGGUCACAUGCUUCGACGAUGAGGACUACCCUCACCCGGUGGAGCUCUGCGAAGAUGGGGUCGAAACCCCAACAGAGCAAGGAUGCACUGUGGACUGUCCGGAGCUUGUGGUCUCAAGCGCCUCUGCGCAUCCGCACUUCUUCGGGAUCCUCAGGAGCCUGCUUCUUCGAGUUGGCGGGUUUGACGCCGCCAUUGACUCCAUCUUGCGGCUGGCGAGCAGCAUCCUCCAGGGUGAGGCAGCAGCACGUGCUCUGCUCCUAAAGGGGCCGCCGGGUUCUGGAAAGACCUACCUGGCGACCGUCUUUGCAGAGUCUGUGGGCUUUGAGCCAGGUCUGGAAGGGGAUUGCCCUUUCGUGCUACAUGGACAAGUCAACAGGGAAGUGCAGACUUUCCGAAAGACCUUGGCAGCUUCCACUGCACGUGCUCGGCAACGUGCAGGUGCCAAACAGAGGCCUACACUUGAGGCAUUGCUUCUGGAAGGUGCCGAGCUUGCUUUGGAAAAGGGUAAUAUUGAUGACGACGAGAGCACCAGUCAAGAGGCUCAGCUGAGUCCAAAGGAGGUGCUGUCCGAGAUCUUGUGUCAGGAAAUGCAGGCUUGGCACCGAGAUCACCUUCCCAUUAUCUUGCUGAUACCCUGGCCUUCCUCCCGGUCAGAGCCCCUGGAGCUCUGUGUCCCAGGUGCCAUUGAAGGCAGCGUGGUCCUUCCAGUGCCACUGGGGUGGAAGCAGCGGGAGGCAGUGCUUCGAGUGUGCCUGCAGAACUUGGACGUGGACGAUGACGAUGACAAUUCUUCACGUGCGCUCCUGCCUUGGCUGACAGAUGUAACUGCAGGGUUCCUGCCUUCCGACUUGGUUGGGCUUUGCCGCGCGGCUGCCAUGUCCGCAGUGUCAGCUUCCAAUAAAGGUGCCAGGCCAACAUUGUCAAAGCCGCAUUUCCAGUCAGCUCGAGCCCUUCUCGACCCUGCGCCUACACGUGGGACAUGUGCCGUUAAGCCGGAGAUAUCUAGACUGGUUGAGGCUUUUUGCCCUGGGUUGGAUGCAGUCGUUGGCCAGCCCGAAGCUGUCGGUACCUUGCGAGAGAUGGUUAUCCAACCUUUCAGCUGCAUGCAGAAGGAGAAAGCAUGCAGCAUGGAGCCGCCGAUUGGAGUGCUGUUGAGCGGCAACCCUGGCAGUGGCAAGACGUUUCUUGCGGCGCAGCUAGCAGCAGAGCUCUCGGCUCACUUAUUCAAUGCCUCUCCAGCGGAUCUCUUGGCAUCACGUGUUGGUGAUGCCGAGAAGCACUUAGCAGCUCUGUUUCGAUCUGCCAGAGGCUGCGCGCCUAGCAUCAUUGUGUUGGAAGACAUUGAAAACCUAGCACCAGCUGCCGCCGGAGGUCCUUCGGAUAGUUCGACUGAGACUGCAGUGUCAGCAGAAACGUGCAUCGCCUACGUUCUCCGCAAUGAGUUAGACACGAUCAAGGCCAGGCGACAGGAGCACAAACAAGUGCGAGCUGGCCAAGUAUACAGCCCGCAAGCCUCAGAGGCUCUGGUGCUCGUCAUCGGGACAACUGCGACCCCACAUCAGCUGCCGCCCUGGCUCUGUGUACCGCACCGCUUCUCCAUGCACAUUCGACUGGAACCACACCUCACACACAAGGAUGUUCUCACCUUGAUGCAUAGGCAUCUUGGGAGUCAGACCAGUACACAGCCUGGCGUGGAGGUACUGGAGGCGCUUGCUAAGGUGGGCUACGCAGACGUGGUGGCUGCCUGUCGAGCUGCUGCUACGACAGCACUUCGACGUGUCAUCAGCAGAGGUGAAAUGGACGGAAUGGCCGACGGCAGUAAAAUCGACGUCCGCGUCUCACCUCGAGACUUGCAGCAGGCAAUCGGGCGCCUGUCUGAUGUCAAGAACAGCAAUAGAGAGGCAAAAAGUGCGGGAAGUGCAUGA